AAAUGGAGAAUACUAUAGCUUAGCUGCUUAUAUUUUUGCCUGUGCAUUUUCUCUGAAAUCAUGGAGAUAAUGCAUUCUGGGCCCCACUAAUCUCUUAAGCAUACCACACUUUCCAUACACAAACACAUUCUUUAUUUUGUUUUCUUCAAGUUAAACGCCAUGCUAUACAAAGUAUUGGUCAUAAUAUUUCUUUCUUUCUUCAUCUUCUUUAUGUGCUUUUCUUCUUUUUCUUUUUUAAUUAGCUACUAGCUGCUGCGCUGGGAUCAAGAAAAGCUCAAAAAGAAGAAUUCCACCGACGACACAAGACCAUCAAAUUAAGGUCCCCAUAUAUAUUCCACCCUCACCUCUUUAAUUCCCUCCCUUUUAUUACUAGCUAGAACUAGACAUUCCACCUAGAAAAUAUAUAUGGGGAAUUGCUUGUUUGGAGGAGUUGGAGAUGGAAAUGAAGAUAUGGUGAAAGUGAUAACAUCCACAGGUGGCAUUAUGGAAUUCUUAGCUCCGGUUACGGUAGAGUCAAUCACUGAAGAAUUCCAAGGACAUGGCAUUUUUAGAAGCCAUGAUUUGUUUUGGAAGCCACUACCAGCACAAGAAAUACUAGUAGCAGGACAAUCUUAUUAUCUUCUGCCGCUCAACAAAGAACAGUAUAGUAGCAACAAUAUUAUUACUGAGAAUAUUGAUAAUGUUAUGGCUAAAAUAGAAAUAGGACAUGUUAGGUCAAACAGCGUGCCACUUCCUCCUCAUAUCCAAAAUCUAGUGGUUGCUCCCUAUAGAAUGUCAUUUGAUAGCCAAGGAUUAUUAAAAAGAUCUUAUACAGAAGCAUUAUAUCGCUACAGAAACAGCCGCAGUCACAGUCAGAGCAAGAAGAGGAGUAGUGGUGGUGGUUUUUGGAAAGUGAAAUUGGUGAUAAGUCCUAAACAAUUAUUGGAGAUUUUGUCACAAGAAACUGCCACUCAAGAGUUGAUUGAGAGUGUGAGAACUGUCGCAAAAUGUGGUAAAAACGGAACGUCUUCUUCCGCCAGCUCCGUCGGCUUUUCCGAUCAAUGGAGUCUCUCCAGUAGUAGAAAUGCUUCCUCCUACAAAGAUGCCUUAUUUUCAUUAGAUUAGAGUGCUUUUUUAUUUUAUUUUUUGGUUUGCUUUUUUUACUGCAUUCUGUUUGUGUCUCCUCAAUAUGCAUAUAUAUCUAGUCAUAUUUCAUCACA